UGGUAAUACUAGUCUUUAUCUUGGAGACAAGAGCCAUUUUGCAAAUUUGUGGUAUCAUUUCCCUAAACAACUCAGGACCAAAUUGUGCUUCAUUUCCUCAGUUCUGCAUUUCUACAGAGGCAGAAAGAAACACAGCUCUCGACUUGUUUUUUGUAAACAUUACUGAAAGAGUUGUGAUAACUUUUUAUUCUACUAUGUAUACAUAUGGAAUAGCAUUAACAAGUGAAAUAGAGAAGGAUGUAAUAAAUUAGACAUUUCUUCAUUUUAGAAAGAAGAUGGGAACAACAUUGCUUUUCUUUUCUCAAUUAAAUAUGUGUGAAUCAAAAGAAAAAACUUUUUUCAAGUUAAUGCAUGGUUCAGGAAAAGAAGAAACAAGCAAAGAAGCCAAAAUCAGAGCUAAGGAAAAAAGAAAUAGACUAAGUCUUCUUGUGCAGAAACUUGAGUUUCAUGAAGAUACCCACUCCAGUAGAUCUGGGCACUUGGCCAAAGAAACAAGAGUCUCCCCUGAAGAAGCAGUGAAAUGGGGUGAAUCAUUUGAAAAACUGCUUUCGCAUAGAGAUGGACUGGAGGCUUUUACCAGGUUUCUUAAAACUGAAUUUAGUGAAGAAAAUAUUGAAUUUUGGAUAGCUUGUGAAGAUUUCAAGAAAAGCAAGGAACCUCAACAAAUUCACCUUAAAGCAAAAGCAAUAUAUGAGAAAUUUAUACAGACUGAUGCUCCACAAGAGGUUAACCUUGACUUUCACACCAAAGAUGUCAUUACAAAGAGCAUCACUCAACCCACCCCUCACUGUUUUGAUGCUGCACAAAGCAGAGUGUACCAGCUCAUGGAACAAGACAGUUAUACACGUUUUUUGAAAUCUGACAUCUAUUUAGACUUAAUUGAAGGAAGACCUAAGAGACCAACAAAUCUUAGGAGACGAUCACGCUCAUUUACCUGCAAUGAAUUCCAAGAUGUAAAAUCAGAUGUUGCCAUUUGGUUGUAAAGAAAAUUGAUUUUGCUCAUUUUUAUGAUAAACUUGGACAUCUGCUUCUAAGACAUAGCAUGUUUAAGAAUUGGUCCCAUCUUUUAAACUGAGAUAUAUCAUGUGAAAUGAUCUUAAAAUGUAAAAAUAAAACUUUUUGCUAACAAAAUACAUACUAGAUCUGCCAAUAUAGUUGGUAAAAUCCUCUACUUGAUGUCAUUCCAUUGAUAAUCAGAAAAAAAGUUAUUUCUUAAUUAAAAGGCAGUAGAGAUGGCAGAGUUAAUUAAAAGCUAAGCUUUUGCAAAGUUGUCAACAGUUCAAACAAAAAUCUAGUUUGGAUUUUUUACAAAAAAAGCUUAAUAUCUAUUGUACAAAUAAUAAUACUCAGACAAUAUUGGGAUAGAAAGCAUUAAUUGAGGUAUUGCAUCAUUGAUCUUAAUGCUAUAUCAGUUCUUUGAACUGUUGUGAAUAUAAAAACAAAGUACCUUGCAUUUCAAAAAUUAACUAAAAAGGUGAUUUUUACAUUUUCCUUGGUUAAUUUAUAUUUUCUUUUUCUGUGGCAAUCUGUUUUCAUAGAAUUUAAUUGUUUCAUAUACAGAGUUAAGACUUGAUACAAACUUUGUGAUGUCAUCAGAAAAAUCAUGAGCUGAUUUGAAUGGCAUUGUUCUGGUACCACGAAUACGUAUCAUGUAGCCUUUCCAUAUAUAAUAUACUUCAAAAUCAUCUAAUCUCUGGGUUGAAUUAUGAAAUAUUCAAUAAGAGGCUUCAAAAACAUACCAGGACUCUUUCAUAAAAUUAAUGCCUGACUUCAAAAAGUUUGCACUCUCUGGAAGAGACAACGUGCACAAAUACAAAAGCAAAAUAAAUAAUUAGACAAGCGAAAGAAGCCAAAUGCACAGAAAGCGCUGAGUGUCGGCUGAAAGACGGGAAAAUGCACCCAUUGAGACAAGAUUUGAAGUCUUCAGUGUGUGAGCUCCCUGACUGGAUGUGGGGUCCUCAGAAGUUUCUAUAACUUCUAAGGACUCUUUCUUUAUUCUUAUGUAAUCCACAUUCUUUUUAAUAUAAAAAGACUCAGGAUUUCUACUUUCUAGUGUUCCUGAUGGUCUCCACACUCACUAAUUCUAAUUUGUUCACUUGAUAUUCUCCAAAGCAACACUUGACUUGUAUCCAAGUAAGGAAAAGAGGCAAAUAAGUAUGAUUAAUCAUGGAAAACUUAAGACUAAAAAUUAACAGGGGAUGUUUGUCUAAAAAUAGCAUACAAGAUUAUAGAAAACCUAGAAAUAUAUGAAAAUAACGAAGCCACAGGAUAUAGAGCAUGAUUUUUUUUUUUUGACCAGUCAAAUGUGUGGUAACAAUGUCUUUAAAGUAUUGGAUGAUAAAUAAAUUUGGGUUGAAUUAGAUAAUUUGGGGCAUUUUUGAACCCCAUAAGCAAGAGUAAAUACCUAGGCUGUCAAGUUACGUACAUAACAACUCAGUAAAUGAAUGAAAAGUCAAGUGAAAUAAAAAGGAAGCAUUAUAAAGAAGGCAGUGUAAUAUUUCAGCAAGGAGUAAAGGCUCUAACAUGUGGUGCAUUUUUAUUUAAAUUCUAUCUCUACUACCUACCAAGUGUACUAUGUUGAACUUCAAUUGUUAUUUGUAAUAUUGAAAUAAAAUUUUCAGUGUUCUUAUGGUGAUUAAAUUUUGAAAUAUUUGAAAAGUGCCAAGUAUAGUAUUAAUUGACUUUAGUGUGUGGAUAGAUUUUAGAAAUUAUUCUCUGUAUUUAAGUAUCACAUUUUAAUUAUAAUAUAAAUUUUUCUAAUAAUGUCUUGGUUACAAAUCAAAAAAUAUUUUUGAGAAUAAUGAGAUUUUCUUGACUACAGUAUGGGGAUGGCUAUUGCUCUCAUCAAAACUUUUAUAAUUUCCACCUCAUAAAAAUUAAUAUUUUAGCUAAAUUAAAAUAUGGGAACAUUUUAAGCUUAAAUAUUUUUUCUAAAAAAAAAUAAAAAAAACCCCAACAUUUUAGUUAUGUGCUGUGCAAAUCUUUAAGAUGAAAAAAAAGACAAAGCAUGAAGAUGUAUACCCACCCCACCCCACCCCAUCAGAUGCUAAGCCUUAGCUAUGGCAUUAACCAAAUUUAAAAAGAUUAAUUUAUUUUCAUUGUGCCAUAUAGACUGGUCUUAUAUUUAAUUUCCUUGCUCUUUAUCAUCUGUCUAAAAAAGA